AAUUGCCCGCGAAGACGAGAUCGUAAUUUUUCCGACGAAGAGACAAAUCGAGGGACGAAGGAAGGGUGAACGGGAGCGUCUCCUCGCGACUCCGAGUCGCUUCGAGAAGCGAUACACUACGGGGGGGUGAAAACCGGGGGGGGGGAUGAGUUAGCGGGGACGAUUUUGAGAGGUGAAACCCCAUAUCCGACGCGCGUGCGUGCGUGUAUUGUGCACGGAAGUGUGUAUGGGAGGGAAGACGACGACGACAACGACGAGAGACAUCGCGACAAGCGACUCCCGAGGUGAACGAAAUCCUCACGGACCCGACGCGUGCCGAGUGAAAACUCGACGAACUCAUUUCCGCGCAAAGACGCUCAUGAAGUACCGCCUGCAAGUAACUGCGAUGGCCAAGUAGUCUUCUGCUCUGUUUCGAGUGUCCCGAGAACGCCGAUCGCCGAUUCGAAGAGCGCGUUGGCGAAACCGUGCAACGUGAUCGAUUAAUUCGAAACGAUCGUUCCUCAGCGAGUGCGACGAGGAGAACGACAACGAGCCAACCAUGGGUUCGUGGACCAUGAAAUGUCCACCCUCGUUGCUGCUGCUGCUGCUAGGCUUGAGCCUGCACAGCGCGUGCAUCACACGGGCGAACGUCACCAACAGCGGUCAGCAGCAUAGUGACGAGCAACACAGUGAUCAACAUGGCAGCCAGGAGGGUGCCCAUGACCCCCUAGUGGUAGAGACCACAAGCGGCCUGAUGCGCGGUUUCUCCCGUAUGGUGCUUGAGCGCGAGGUACAUGUGUUCUACGGGGUACCGUUCGCCAAGCCUCCGGUUGGCCCGCUGCGAUUUCGCAAGCCGCUGCCAAUCGAGCCCUGGCACGGGAUCCUGAACGCUACCACGUUGCCCAAUAGCUGCUUCCAGGAGCGCUACGAGUACUUCCCUGGUUUCGAGGGCGAAGAGAUGUGGAACCCAAACACGAACAUCUCCGAGGACUGCCUGUACCUGAACAUUUGGGUGCCGCAGAAAGUGCGCCUACGUCACAAAGGCUCGGAGCCACCGCCGUACCCCGGUAACGGUGAUGGAAUGGCGAUGCUGGUGUGGAUCUACGGCGGUGGUUUCAUGAGCGGCACCGCCACCCUCGACGUGUACGAUGCCGACAUCAUGGCGGUGGCGAGCAACGCGAUCAUCGCGUCUAUGCAGUACCGAGUGGGUGCAUUCGGUUUCCUCUACCUCAACCAGCACUUCACCAACAGCGAAGAGGCGCCGGGCAAUAUGGGACUUUGGGACCAGGCGCUCGCGCUCAGGUGGCUGCGCGACAAUGCGCGCGUCUUCGGCGGCGACCCCAAUCUGAUCACGAUAUUCGGCGAGUCCGCGGGCGGAAGCUCGGUUUCGCUGCACCUGAUCUCGCCGGUGACACGUGGUCUCGUGCGCCGCGGUAUCCUGCAAAGCGGCACUCUGAACGCCCCGUGGAGCUACAUGACCGGCGAGAAGGCAAACGAGGUCGCGCGGGUGCUCGUGGACGAUUGCGGAUGUAACUCGACGAUGCUACAGGAGAAUCCGAAUCGGGUGAUGGCAUGCAUGAGGUCGGUCGACGCGAAGACCCUCUCCGUGCAGCAGUGGAACAGUUACUGGGGUAUCCUUGGGUUCCCGUCGGCGCCAACCAUCGACGGCGUCUUCUUGCCCAAGGACCCGCUGGAACUGGUCAGGGACGCAGACUUCGAAGAGACCGAGAUCCUAAUCGGGAAUAACGAGAAUGAAGGAACGUACUUCAUUCUGUACGACUUUAUCGACUUUUUCGAGAAAGAUCAGGCAAGUUUCCUGGAGCGGGACAAGUUUCUCAGCAUCAUCAAUACCAUCUUCAAGAAUAUGUCACAGAUCGAGCGGGAAGCCAUCAUUUUCCAAUAUACCGAUUGGGAUCAGAUAAAAGACGGCUACCAGAAUCAGAGGGCGAUAGCGGAAAUCGUGGGCGACUACUUCUUCAUCUGCCCGUCCACUCAUUUCGCGCAAUUAUUCGCGGAUCGCGGCAUGAAGGUCUACUAUUACUUUUUCACGCAGAGGACGAGUACGAACAUGUGGGGUGAAUGGAUGGGCGUGAUGCAUGGUGACGAAGUAGAGUACGUCUUCGGGCACCCGAUAAACAUAAGUUUGACGUACAACGAGAUAGAGCGAGAGCUGUCUUACGACAUAAUAAAAUACUUCUCACAAUUUGCAUAUACAGGGGUACCGGAGCCCACGUGGCGGCCUUAUACCAGGGACCAUCCGCAGUACUUCACUUGGAACGCGGAGAAGUCCGGCUACGGCAGAGGCCCUCACAUGACGGCCUGUGCAUUCUGGAACGAGUUCUUGCCGCGAUUGAAGGGCAUACCCGAUCCAACGCCCGAGGCGUGCAAGAGCGCGAUGGCGUCGAGCGUUUCCGCGAGCGCCGGCGAGCUGCGCGGUUCACCGAUCAUAUCUAUCCUCCUGCUACCGGUACUGGCGGUAUAUAGAUUCAUAUAAACGGUUAAUCAUCCACGUCGACGAACCUUUUCACGGCUGGCAGAUGCCCGGCCGGACAGGAGCGCGCAUCACCGCGUGGCGUCGCUCGCUGACAAACAGGUCCCAUAACGAGCGCUGGUUCACGCUUGAAGAUCGCCUUAGUGGUCGUUCAAACCAUUCGUAGAUCGAUAGGUCGCCGUAGAACCACGUAUCGUACGUAGCACGUAGCUACAACAUCGUACAUGCAACAGUAGUCCGUUUCCGCUGCGCGUUGCGCGCGCGCGUCGUCUGCGAGUGAUAAUCGGCGCCCCUGCGUCUCGGGGUGCGUCGGGUGCCCCUCUCGAGGCAGCUGAUCGAUCCACGCAAUACUCGAUGCUUAACAACCGAUUGAAGAUCCUCGUCAAACGGCUGAGCGAACUGAAGCUGAAGGAACGAUCGACGCAAGCGAGAUCCGAUGAUCUGCAGGUGAUUUCUAUCAAUUCUGUUCCGCUUCCGGUUUUGAAUUUCUUUCCCCGUGCACGCGCGAGGCUUACCGCCUCUUUCGACAAUCCGUCGAAGAUUUUCCACGGACUUCUCGAAAGUGAAUCGCCCCGAAAGUGGACUCAAUCGCGAUCACGAGCGCGCGAAUCUGCAUCGCGAUUUCACGAUGAACGUUUCCGGUUUACGAACGCCUAUUCGAAUGAUCAGGGCGAUCGAGCGGAAGAAUUAUUACCUCGAUCGAUCGCACGUGCGACAGAAUCGUCGGGAUUGUUAAAGACGCACUCUCGGGUCAGAGAAAUGUCAAGGACUCGAGGAAGCUGGCUGUUCCGCGGCGCAAAUCACGCCCUUCCGGACGGAUGCGGUGGCCCAGCUCGAUCUCUCGCGGCGGACACAUUAGAUUUAAUGGAUUAUAUAUAUACACAUAUGUGUAAUCGAUGUUCGAGCGCGCGCGCGCUCUCGCACCCGCUGCAAUUUCGGAAUUCGUCCGGCUCUCGCGAGAUCGGAUUAACCGGAUAUCAGAUUCCGAAUUGCGCGCGAGCUGCAAUAAACUCGGGGAGGGGAGGGGUUGAUAUACUUGUAAUCGGGUUAACGAUAAGCUGUAACGAUGAUCAACUCCACCCCCUGUCGUUACUAAGAAACCAGCUGCGACCAGCGCAACAUCUUGCCAGCCCGGCGUUCGAUCUCGCCCUUCACCCUGUCCCUUCCCUCCCCUUCAACCCCAUUCUAAUUUGCAACGCUGAGACGGAUUGCCCGUGCAAGACCAAGCAUAUACGCGAGAGCAAUUUCAGGACAACAGCGAGGAAAUGACGUGGUCGUCGGUAAAUAGGGAGCCCGCAGGGAAAAUUAGCCGACGCGAGAAAGGGCGCGAUUAUUAACUCCCAGCGUGAUAAGCUGCCGGAACGAGCGAUCAGUGUCACCGUGACAUUUCAGCGUCGAUCACGAGAGAAAGACGUUCCGGAAAAA